AUGAAAGAGGAUUACGAGGCAGAUGAGAAGAAGCAAGCUGCUUCUGAUGUAUUGUUGAGUUACUCCAAGUUUGCAAUGGCCUGCAUCGGAAACCAGACUCGUCCCACUGACAUGAGGUUGCAUUUGAUGAAGGAGAUCUCAGGAUUGCCAACAUCUCUGAAAAGAAGAGAAGCUUCAAGAGCAGCAACAUCUCCUGAUCCAGUUGGCGAAUCAUCAAGCUCUGGUACUGCCAGGCUUGAUAAAGUUGACAGCUUCAGGGCACUUUAA